GAGCGAAGACAAGAGACCGGGAGAACAUCAGUCAGACAGACAAGGACUAAAGAGCGGCGGCAGGACAGAGCAGGGCGGGUGGAUCACGACAAGCACGCAGAGUAAAAUUAGCAUCUCCAAGCAUGUCUGACCCUGUAACGCUGUUAAUCCCCAACCCCCCAAGAAACCUCGCCUACUAUAAAACACCCGGGGGGCCUUUUUCACACGUCAACUCUGUCUUCCUGCUUACAGAGUACAGAAUUUUGGGUCUGUUGAUCAGUAAGUGCAUAUAUCAUGCUCAGUUGGACUAUCACGAGGCCAGAGAACCCCUUCAGCUAGUUGGUUAUUCGAGACGUAUCAACCUGACCGAUCAGAAAGACGACGACGACGACGACGACAGACCCUUCCGCAUCCCCAUAGAUACCUGUGCGGAGUAGCUGGCUAGCUAACUAACUAAACUCUCGACUACAUAUCGGCUUAUGACCAGCUUUGCCACUCACACUCCAUAACGAUCUUAUUACUUUCUUCAA